AUGUUCUCAAGAUUCACUGAUUUAUUACAAGGUGUUAUUAUUGAUUUGGAUCCAUCACUUAAAGAAACAUCACAACAACUGGAUAUGGCAUUGAUUGAAUUAUGUAAAUACUGGAAUAAUAAAAGUUAUUGCAAUUAUAAGUUUGACUGUCGUCCAAUUUUUUUUGCUAAUGCAAAUGUAUUUGACGGUCAUGAAAAAUUAAAGAAUUUAUUAAUGAAUAAAUCACAAAUACAAAUACAAGAAAAUGCAAAUGUCCAAUUAGGUUUACAACUUCAUCUUCAUCAUUGUGUUUGUUCAAUAUAUUAUACGUAA